AUGUUGCCAGGAAAUAACCUUCCAGACAGUGCUGUGGAUGCAUCAGUGUGUCAUGAUUAUUGUCCUGAGGGUACACAUGGAGCGAACUGUGCCAGCCAAUGUCAAUGUCAGAACAAUGGUGUCUGUCACCCUGCUACUGGAAAGUGUACAUGUAAACCAGGAUGGAAGGGUGCAGUGUGUGCUGUGCCAUGUCGGAAAGGCCGGUUUGGCCAGGAUUGCAGUCAGCGUUGUACUUGCUUCAAUGGUGCCUCCUGUAACCCUGUCAAUGGCACGUGUCAAUGUCCUGAGGGAUAUCAAGGAGAUCAGUGUGAAAUGCAAUGUCUUUCAGGAACCUUUGGCAUCAACUGCCAUCAGCAGUGUCAGUGUCAGAAUGAAGGACGCUGCUCUACCGUCGAUGGCAGCUGCAGCUGUCAAGAUGGAUUCCUUGGGCAGUAUUGUGAAGAGAGCGUAUGUCCCCCAUGGAAGUAUGGAAAUAACUGUUCAAGUCUUUGUAGUUGUAAUGUUGAACACUCUACAAGUUGUCAUCCCAUAACUGGACAGUGUAAGUGUAACACCGGGUAUGUUGGUUCGGAAUGUGAUUUUACAUGCCCUCUUGGUUCUUAUGGCAAUGGUUGUUAUCAGAUAUGUGAAUGUCAAAAUGGAGCUCAUUGCAACACUGUAGAUGGAACUUGUACCUGUGCACCUGGAUGGCAGGGAAGAAUCUGUAACGAGACAUGUCCUGUUGGUAGCUACGGCCACGGUUGCCAGGCAACAUGCAACUGUCAGAACGGAGCCACCUGUCAUCAUAUAGACGGAGACUGUAUCUGCGCCCCAGGUUGGAGAGGAGUUCACUGUAAUCUUCCAUGCCAGAAUGGUUACUAUGGAGAUGGAUGUAGUAGAUUAUGUGAUUGUGGAAACGGAGCAUCAUGUCAUACCGUUACUGGAGAGUGUGAAUGCACUCCUGGAUGGUUACAACCCUCUUGUCUAACAGCUUGCAAUCCAAUGACCUUUGGACCUGAGUGUGUCAAUACAUGUAGUUACUGUGAAAAUUCUUCAACCUGUUCUAAUGUUGAUGGUGUCUGUCAAUGUAAUAACCAUUUCACAGGUGUACUAUGUUCCAGUACUUGUCCCAAUGGUUUCUGGGGACCUUCUUGCUCUCAGACAUGUCACUGUGAGAAUGAAGGUUCAUGCGAUCCUGUGAAUGGGACAUGUCUAUGUCCACCAGGAUUCACUGGAGAGUUCUGUGAGUUAGUUUGUGAUGAAGGUACAUACGGCUAUAAUUGUGGGUACCCCUGUCCUGGUGUAUGUAUGAAUGGUAAUGCUACCUGUCAUCCAAGAGAUGGGAGUUGUACCUGUCUUCCUGGCUAUCAAGGAGCUAACUGUGAUAGACCUUGCCCUGCUGGAUUCUAUGGUGUUGGAUGUUUACAGGAAUGUGCUUGUAGUAAGAAUUCAACAUGUAACCCUGUCACUGGGCAAUGUGAAUGCUUACCUGGAUGGAUUGGACCUGAUUGCAGUCAAAGAUGUCCAGAAGGUCGGUAUGGUUAUGGAUGUUCUUUCACAUGUGACUGUGCACAAGGUGCAUCCUGUGAGCCAUAUGAUGGAGAAUGUUUGUGUCCUAUUGGAUUCGGUGGACCAAGGUGUACAGAGAGUUGUCCUAAAGGAAGAUAUGGUGAAGGCUGUAACUUUGUAUGUGAAUGCAAUGAAAAAGGUACAGCAUCAUGUAGCCCACUGAAUGGACAUUGUGAUUGUAGCACUGGUUAUAGAGGGCAUCGCUGUGAAAAAUUGUGUGUACCAGGAACAUAUGGAAUCAACUGUCAGUUUGACUGCAAGUGUCAGCAUCAAUCAGACUGUAAUCCUGUAACUGGACAAUGUGAUUGUUCACCUGGAUGGAUUGGUGAUACAUGUCAAUUAAAAUGUCCACCAAGUCACUAUGGUAUGUUCUGUAAUAACACAUGUUCAUGCCCAGGAAAAGCUGAAUGUGAUCAUGUGAGUGGGCUGUGUUUAUGUCCAGCUGGUUUUUAUGGUGAAGAUUGUAAACAAGUUUGUGGGCCAGGAUUCUAUGGAUCAAACUGCAAGGAAACAUGUAACUGCCCUAAUUCUAACUAUGUAUGUGAUUCAGUCAGAGGGUGUGUAUGUCCUGAUAAUGUCUAUGGUGGCAAGUGUAAUAUUGCUGGAAUCAAGAAUCAACAGACAGGUCUGAUGUCUGGUGGACCAAUGAUUGGUAUUAUAAUGGGUAUUAUUAUCUUCAUUCUUAUUAUUCUACUAAUGUUGGUGUUCCUAUGGAGAAGAAGAUACAGAGGUAAACCAGACUAUGGAUUUGCUAUCUCAUAUUCAAGAGGUGAUAUGAUGAACUCGUCUGGUCCUACUGUGGUAUCCAAUGGUAACGCUCAUAGUUUACCUGCAGCCAGAGACUCACCUGUAGGAGCUAAGGGUAACAACAAACUCAAACUACAGAAUGUCAAUCCUUUAUUUAUGGCACCAGUUAAAAAUAUUGAAGAUGACGGCAUGUGUGGGGGCGCUGUUGGAGGCAAAUCAUUUGUCAUGGAAGACAAGGUUGACAACUCAUAUGAAACAACGAUUCCGCCUCCUCUUCCCCCAGGGAGGGGUGAUGAGGAUCACUAUGAAGAGGACUCUAACUGUGAAAAAGCUACUAACUCUUAUGAGUGUAUACCUCCAGCUGUCCCACCUCUUAGAACUAAUAUCAAUCAGUUUGAUGGCAAAGAACCAAAUAAAAUACAACCUGGAAAAUCAAAAAUUUUUAAACAGGCUAAGAACAGCAGCCCGAUUUUGAACCGCUACUCUAUGCCUGGAGAUUCAACAGAGAACAUCUAUGCUGAUAUAGAUGAAAUGAUGUUAGCUCAAGCUAGGAAAGCUUCUCAACCAUUACCACCAGUACCUGAUAACUAUUCUAGUAUACCAAGAAAUACACCAGCAUUGCCAUGUCAAGAACCUCUUUUAUCAUCAAUGGAGGAAUCAAGUAUGAAGAGUAGUACGUUACCAUCUCAGCUGCCAGACCAAUCUCAUAUGUAUGAUAACACACCGAGAGGGUUACAUUCUACCAGUCUCUCUGGAUCAUUACCAACCACACCACACAUUGAAGAAGAUGAGUUUAUUGAACUCAGUAAGAGAUCAAGACCGACUCUCAAUUCAUAGGCUUUACUUAAUAGUAGACUUCAAUGUAGAUACUUGCUAUACUUUUAGAGUUACAGAAAAUUGUAACUUAGAUGUUGUUUUUAGUUUCAACUUUCCGAACUAUUACCAGGUACACUUCCAUUAGUUCAUGUGAAUGUGGCAUACCAAAGGACUCACACUAAACUCUGUGCCAUCUGCUUCUUCAAGAUCAUGGCAAAAUAGAUAUCCAAAUCCCGCAUUCAGUGAUUGGAUAAUCUUUUAAAUCUGGAUCAAUUUGUAUACUCAAUUUCAAAAUGUACCUUUAUAGUUAAAGUUACUCUGUCAUCAUUCUUGUAUAUGAAAAUGGUACAUAUCAUUAAUAUACAGCAAAUUGAUUGUCUGAUACAAUUGGUUUAUAAAAAACAAGUUAUGCCUUGUUUGUUUUUGUAUGAAAGGAUCCUUAUGAAUCUUCAGCAAACCAAUAUCAGUAUUUCAAUUUUUAUGCAUUUCUUUUUUCAUUUAUGAUGCAAGGUAAAUCCAAUUUGAUACAAUAUACUUGACUUCAUCGUAUGAUGUGUAUAUUAGUUUUCAGUAUUUCGUUUGCUCAUGUACUUAUUCCAAAUUAGUAGUACUUCAAAUUAUGAUGAAUACAGCCAACUGCUAUGUAAAAAUUUCCAAUAAAAGAUGUAUGCAAGUAAUGCUGUUGAGUAGAAUUCUGGUAUACAUGCGUUUGGUUGAAAUUUCACUAGCUGAUCAUCACAACCUGGAAAUAUCAGUAUGAUUAAAAUGAUUAGACAUAGAUGAAAAUUAGUUGAAAAUGUAAUUGAUGAUAUCUAGGAAAUUGAAGUACGAGAAAUGCAGAUUAAUUUUGUACAUGUAGCUAUGCUUCUUCAUAUGACAUCACUGAUUCCAACCCUAUCUAAUGUUAAAAGUGAAUUCCUAAAAUAUAUCUCCUUGGAAUCAGUCAUAGGCUUAUCAUAAUUGAAUUUCUUAAUUAAAAGAUUGAAUAGUAUUGCAAAGAACAGGCCUUGAGAGGCAUAAAGUCUAUUUUUUCAUCUAUGUUUUCACCUUUUCUAAAUUAAAAAAAAAUGCAACUCGUGUACUAUAGAAAGAGGGUAAAAAUCAUGUUAAGUUUGUUUGUAUUCUUGAUUUGCAUGUACAUUAGCUUGUUGGCUGUCUUCUAAAACGGUUAAAGUUUAUUUUUCUUCCGAAAACCACUUGCUUCUUCUAAUAUUUAUAUAACGUUUCUGUUGCCUGUAAACUUGCCAAUGAACUCAACCAAAUACGACAUGACAUGAUGCUUUGUUAACGUACAAGUACAAUAUGUUUGUUGAAUUGUAUAAAUAACAUGUACGAGUCUUAAAAGUUGUUUGUAUUAAACAUCCAAUGCGACAGCUUGCUUUUGAUUAGUUUAUACAUGUACCUUUAUAAUAGUCAUCAGCUACUGUAUAUGCCAUCUUGUGGAUAUGAUAUUUCACGAUUUGCUUCAACAUUAAAAAUUCACAAGUCCAUGUUUGCAAUUUUAUUGCAUUGUCAUUCACUUUGCAUUGAUUCAGAAAGGAAGAAAUUUUAUUUAAAGUGAAGUUGUAAACAGAUGCCGUGAAAUAUUCUACGUAUACAGUAUUUACGACCUCCAGACUGACCAAUCAAGGCCAUUCUGACAUUAGUCUCAUUGUUGUAACUAUUAUAUACAUGUAUAAUAUGGAACAAUACAUUUUAAGAUGUAUUUUCUACCCACCAAAGCAAAUCCCAAAGUUAGAUUGUAUGUUGGUGAUGUAAAAGACAACUUUUUGAUAUUAACUAUAAAAACCUUGUAAUAUAGUAGUUAGUAUGCUAUUUUAUGAAAAAUAAUUUUGUAUAUGAUGUACUUUAUAUGUAAAUCAACUCUUGGAAUGAAUUCCAUUUUCAUGAUUGUGAAUAUUUAUAAUUUCUGUGUAUAUAAUCAUGCUCAGUUGUAAUAUAAAAUGUAAAGUUUUUAUAUACUUUAUUGCCCAUUAAUUGAAAAGAGGAAACAUGGUCUAAAACGGCAACAUAAUACUGGAGAAAAAUGUUUUCCCUGGAUAUUUUGGGUAAAAUACAAUAAUAAAUGCCCAAUAAUGUUUUCCUUUCUCCAGUGUUAUGCUGAUCUUCUGCAUAAUUUUAAUAACAUUGUGGACUGAAGAGAACAUGGACUCCAUGUCGUUCUCAGAAGUAUUCCUUUGUAAUGGUUUAAACCUGGUGGGGGAAAAUGAACAUAUUCUUGUUAAAUGUACUUUCAAUGUAUUUUUCUUCUGAAAAACAUUUGAAUUAUAUAAAAUAUUUGUCAGUCAGCCCAAGUGAAAUAUGACAACAAAUUAAAAUACAUGACAAGAAAUUAAAAUCCUUCAAGCACUAAAAUUUAAACUUCAUGACCUUGCAAUGUGAUUGUUUAAUGAAUCUUUUUUUUUUUUUGGUUGGCAAAUUACUGCUCUUUAAAUGCAUGAAUGUGUCUUCCUAAUUGCAUACCUGUAUUUUCAUACAUAUUUUCUGAUCUUCUUUCAUUUAUGUUUGUGCGUAAUUUAAAAAUUCUGAAAUAUUAUCAAUAGCAAAAGCAAUUCUAUCACCUUUCUCCAUAUUCCAAUAACAAUAAUUCUUUCUACUUGAGUAUAUUGUAAUAAAUCAAUUGAAUUCUUCAAAAUAUAAUUAUACUUAUUCAAUCCAUUGAUUUACCAAAUGGUCUGUGUUUUGUAUAAUGUAAUUUUUUCCAGAUGAAAUAAUUUAGAUUCAACAAGAUCAUUAAUGCUUUUUGUUAUUAUUGUUCUUUAUCAAAUCAAUCACUAUGAAUUAUAAAAUAAUUGAUACCUGUGGUCUGUUUUAUAAAGACUUACAACUCUGCCAUUAUACUUUACCAUGGUAACCUUGAUUAUGAUUGGCUGCUUAGCCCUGUUACCAUGGUAAUUGCCAUGAUGGCAUUGUUCCCAUAGUUGUAACUUUAUGAAAUGUGUCUUUGGUAGGUCUUAUAUUAUUUUCUCAAUCAUCUCAAUGACUAUUUUCAAAUAAACAGUGUAUGUGUAAUAUAUAUACCAAUAAAAUGCAGAAUGUCCAUCAUAACGUAACAGCAACUUAUUUCAAAAAAGAAAUUGUAAAGGAUAUUUAUUAUAUCAAAUGACAGUUGACGUAUCUUUAAUGUCACAAAAGCAAUCCUGUACACAAUGAGUUUGUUUUUUAUACAAAAAUGGAAAUUUGAUGUUGACAUUAAAUAAUAUGAAAUUAUGAAAAGUUAAGUAUUAUUGAUUUUAUUGGUAUGGAAAUUUAUACAUUCUUGACCUUGCAUUAGACUAUGGUCUGUACAGACGAAGGUUAUUGUACAGUAUGGUGCAAUCUUAACUUGCCUGAAGUCUGAAGUUUUAAGUCUGUAAAAUAUAUAUUAAUGUCAUACUGUAAUUGUAAAUAUAAUAUUAGUAUUCAUAUCGCAA